AUGACUGGCCAAGGUGCGCCUGCUGGAGGACAAGGAACUGGUUACAACGGACAACCCCCCCAUCGAACUUUCGAGGACCGCGCCGCUCAUCGUGAACAAGUCAUGAACAACAUUCGGGAAACUUCGCAGCAGGACCGCCGCGUCUACGUCGGCAAUUUGUCCUACGACGUCAAAUGGCAUCACCUCAAGGAUUUUAUGAGACAGGCCGGAGAGGUACUCUACGCCGAUGUGUUGCUGCUUCCUAAUGGAAUGUCGAAGGGAUGCGGUAUUGUGGAAUAUGCGACCAGGGAGCAAGCUCAAAACGCCGUUGCUACCCUGAGCAACCAGAAUCUCAUGGGCAGACUUGUCUAUGACCGUGAGGCUGAGCCCCGUUUCGGCCCCCCCGGAGGAGGAGCCGCUGCCCGCGGUGGAUUUGGUGGCGGCAUGGGCCCCAACGGAUAUGGAGCAAUGCCCGGCCAUGCUGGCCCCGGCGGCUUCGGUGGUGGUCCCAUGGCUGGUGGCGGUGGCCGCCAGAUCUACGUGUCCAACCUGCCUUACAAUGUUGGCUGGCAGGAUCUGAAGGAUCUGUUCAGACAAGCUGCCCGUAACGGUGGUGUUAUUCGCGCCGACGUUCACAUCGGACCUGAUGGCCGCCCCAAGGGCUCCGGCAUCGUCGUAUUCGAGACUCCAGAUGACGCUCGGAAUGCCAUCCAGCAAUUCAAUGGCUACGACUGGCAGGGCCGCAUGCUGGAGGUUCGCGAGGAUCGCUUCGCCGGUGCUGGCAUGGGUCCUGGUGGCUUUGGCGGUCGCGGCGGCUUCGGCGGCGGUCGUGGCGCUUUCGGCGGUUUCGGUCGCGGUGGCUUUGGUGGUGGCCGCGGUGGCUUCGGAGGUGGCUUCGGUGGUCGUGGCGGCUUUGGAGGAGCUCCUGGUGCCCCUCCCAGCUUCGAUGCCAACCAGCCGGCUGCUCAGCCCAACCCGUUCACUGACUUCGCUACUUCUGGUACUGAAAGAUCAGAGAUCAUCUAUGUCCGCAACCUCCCCUGGUCGACCAGCAACGAGGAUCUCGUCGAGCUCUUCUCUACUAUUGGUAAGGUAGAGCAGGCUGAGAUUCAGUAUGAGCCCAGCGGUCGCUCUCGCGGCUCUGGCGUCGUUCGUUUCGACAGUGCCGACACCGCCGACACCGCGAUCCAGAAGUUCCAGGGUUACCAGUACGGCGGACGUCCUCUCAGUCUGAGCUUCGUCAAGUACCUCAACCCUGGUGCUGGUGGCGACAGCAUGGAUACCGACCCCCAUGGUGGCCUGACACAGGAUCAGAUUAUGUAA